AUGAUCGCCGUUUCGUCUCCUUCAACACUCGUGCGAAUGUCCACCUCGAUCCCCCUGAACGAUAUCCCGGCGUUAGUCGAUAGAAUCGAUCAUUUGGCCGCUGCUAGUGAUGGCAGAGUGGUGGUAUCCGUUGCCGGGGUCCCUGGUUCCGGCAAAACCACGGUGGCGACCGAGGUUGUAGCCCAGCUCAACGCUCGGGGUAUCAAGGCAGUGGCGCUCUCCAUGGACGGCUUCCACCUCUACCGUCACCAAUUAACUACUGAAGAAAUGGUGAGACGUCGGGGCGCUCCGUUUACAUUCGAUCAACCUCGCUUUGUCGCCACUGUGGCCCUGCUUAAACCUGCCUACCGCGUGAAACCAGUGUUGGCGCCGUCUUUUGACCAUAGCGUCAAAGACCCCGUGGAAGAUGACGUCAAAAUUGACCCCGACGUCAAAGUGGUGGUGGUGGAAGGAAACUAUACCAGUUUGACCGAUGACGGCUGGAGCGAUAUCGGCGAUCUUGUCGACGAGCUGUGGUUCGUGGCUACACCCUUAGAGGUGGCUCAGCAACGACUUGUGGCCCGCCACUUACUGCUGGGGGUAGCCGCCACCCUUGAAGAAGCUCAACAACGGGCUGGCGGCAGUGACUACGAUAACCUGAUUUACCUUUUGGACCGGUUACGGGCCCCGGACGUUGUCAUUACUCAUGUUGAUCAUCUUUCAGCCUAG